GCAACAGUUCUGCCCCUCCGUCUUCCCAUGUGUCAUGAUAGUUUAACCGGGUUGCCUAUUUGUGUUUUGGCGGAGGAGAUCGGGCCCCAUACGGUUGAACAACUUGGGAUGGGCCAUCCUUCAAGAUUGCACAGCUGAAGAAGGAAAAAGAAGAGAUGGCCCUUAUUUUGAAGAGCCAGGCUAAUGAGCUGAUUCGGCUAUCUGGGAUGGCUGGGACGAUGAAAGCAGAGAUCUCCCUCCAGGAAGAGAAUGGCCGGCUGAUGGACGAGGUGUCUGAAGCCAAGAAGACGGCCACCCCGGAGAUCACUAUGGAGUCCUUUAGGCUUCUAUACCGGGAGCCUGAAGAAAAGAAAGACCGGAUCGCCUCUCACCGGGUUCUGCUGAAAAGGGAUCCCGACUUCAGUGCGGCCUCUUACGGCUUGGCCCCAAUUCCGGAGGAGGAGCCUACUCCCCCCUUCCCCUUAGAUUGAUAUUUCCCCAGCUGCGACCGGUUGUAUUUGUUUGUAAAACUUCAAACUCAAUUUCCCCGGGGACGCCAGGUGUUUUCGUAAACCCCUAACAUUCUCAUUUUGUUUGAAUGCCAUGCUCAAUGUUCUUACCGGCUAAUCUUGCUCUGCGUGCCUUUUGAUUGAUAUUUUGCUUGCCUUUGUUUUCACUAUCUUACUUGCACCGGCAGAACUCCAAAAAGUGUGACCGGCUGAACUUCAUUUUGGCUUUUGGAUACUUUCUUCGAUAAAGCGCAGUUUGACCG